CGCUUGUCUUCACUCAGUCAGCUUCUGGUCGGUGCGAAGCGAGGAAGAGAAGAAGAAUAUACCUCUCUCCCUUACACCUGUCACUAACACAUUGAAAUACGAAGCUGCAAAAUGGACAUGAUGACGGAAAACGUCACUUUCAACGAAACUUUUCCUCAUUUGAAGGCACUCAUCUAUGAAGAUGCUAUGGUAGACUCUUGGAUGCUGAUGUCCAGCCCAGUGUCCAUAGUCGGUCUUGUGGCCGCCUACCUCGGUUUCGUCCUCUACCUCGGCCCCAAAAUGAUGGAGACCAGGAAACCUUACGACCUCAAAAUAGCCAUGAUGCCGUAUAACCUCAUUCAGGUCGUGUGGAACUUCUACCUAGUCGCUAUGCUCUUUACAACUGACGGUGCUCUGUCCUACCUAUUGAAACAUUAUUGUCAACCCCUGGAUAUGCGGCUUAACCCUCUUAGACUUGUGCUAUGCAACGCAAUGUGGCACUACACGGUGUUGAAAAUCAUGGAUCUUGCGGACACUGUAUUCUUUGUGCUGAGGAAAAAGCAGGAUCAUGUAACGUUCCUGCAUGUUUACCACCACUCAGCGAUGGCGCUGUUCUCCUGGGCAACUCUCAAAUAUCUCCGAGGAGAGCAAGCAGUUCUGCUAGGCUUCAUGAAUGCUUUGGUUCAUGUUGUCAUGUAUACUUACUACUUCCUAGCUGCUCUCGGAGAGAGAGUACGCAGAUACCUGUGGUGGAAACGCUAUCUCACCACCAUGCAGAUCGGCCAAUUUAUCAUCGGCGUGUUGUAUCUCUCCACGCUAAUCCUGAUGAGAUGCGAUCUUCCCAGACUCUUCACAUACAUCUGGGCCUCACAGAUCCUAGUGUUCCUCGCUCUCUUCAUCAACUUCUACAUCAAGACCUAUAUCAGCAGGCCACGGACGACGGUGAAGAACAAGAAGCAAUGAAGGUCGUUACCAAAAGGCUUUAACUUUGUAAAGGACUCGAGAAAGGAGUGUGACAAAAUACUCUUGUAAAAAUGUAAAGAUGUGUUGUUUUUUCAGUUCGUCGAUUGCACGUCAAAGGGGGGGGUGUAAGCAGCAAACCAAAGCACUCGUUAAAUCUAAUGGUACUUAAAUUGGGGAGUAAAAUAUUUUUUGUUUAUUUUAGUAAAAAUUCAAUAGGACAGAUUGAAAUUUGCUUAGUCUACAGGUUUGCUGCAGCGGGGGUAUUUCAGAUUGCUGCUAGAGCUAGUCAUGGUACUAAAUAUUAUCUUUGACUAACUUUUGUUGAUUUGGUACAACUUCAGCGAAACAGCACACGGAAGAUUUCUCAGGUGCCGUUUGACGUCACUAACUGCUGACGUCACUUUGAGGGAACACCAAUACCGCAACGAUACGGUGUGAGCCAUCGGCCUCGAUGGUGUAGUGGAAAGCGUGGCGGGCUGAUAAUCCGAAUGUACCGGGUUCGAAUCCCGCCGGCAGCACUAAUUUUUUAUCAACAAUUUUUUCAUAUAAGCAAGUUUGGUUGGUUUGGUUAGGUUAUGACAGUUUAAUUUUAUAAUUAAAAAAUUAUAAAAUUGAAUUUUAGGCAUUUAUAAUUUUAUUUGAUGAACAAAACUAUUUUUUAGAUUAGUAAACCUUUAUUCGAUGUUUCCAUUGUCAGCACGUUUGGUUAGUUUGGUUAGGUUAUGACAGUUUAAUUUAAUAAUAGAAAAAUUAUAAAAUUGUCUGUUUCUUCAGACGCAGCAGUUAGUGACGUCAGCAGUUAGUGGUGUCAAACGGCACCUGAGAAAUCUUCCGUGUGCCCCACCGCAACUUCAGUAUCUAAUAGUCAAGGAUAUUAUAUUACGUACCUCCAUAAAAAACAUUCUCAUAUGGUUUUUGUUGUGUUUGUGGUACUGUGAAAGCUCCUUUUAAAUGUGUUAAGCAAAUUGUGAUGUAAAACCCCUUAUUCUGUCAAAAUUGCUUGCCGUAAUUUCCUGUUCAUCGUUGUGUGCCACAUCCCUAAGUGGUCUAUAAUGUAUAUUUAUUGAUAAAAAUAAGCUGAAAAGUUGUUAACUUAGUUUUAUACUGUGAUUAGAAUAUUUAUAUCUUAGGGUUGUAUAUGCCUCUUAACUGU